AUGAGUGAUCGAAAACCAAGUGUUUGUGUUUAUGUAAAUUCGGUGGCGAAGGAGAAGAAUUUGAAAACAAGCGUGAAAGUGAUAAACACACAAAUGAGCCACAUUGGUAUUGCUGGCCCAAACCUCGAAGUGAUGGGUAACAUAAAAGCACAGAAAGUGACCUUCGAAUCAACCUUCGGCGCUCUCCAUACAAAUGCCAAAUUGGUUGCAAGAAGUGUCGCACUAAAUGCACAGCAAAUAUUUAUCAAACCAGAGGCCAUGUAUUCCUGUCAGAUGUUAAGAAUGAUUUCAAGAAAAGUUCAAAUUGAUGGCAGAAUAUAUCCUCUGGAAGCAAAUGCAACUGUUUUAAAUGUACUUGUUGACUCAGCAUUGCUUCAUAUCGGAGUUGAUGGGAUGAUUGGAGCAUUUCGAUCUCCAACAGAUAAUUCAGCAGCAAAACCUUCAGAUAUGGUCGUCAAUAGUCUGGUUUUAAAACUGAAGGGUAGCUUAGCAAAUUAUGGUAAAAUAUGUUCAAAAACUAACAUAGAUUUACAAAUUGACGGAAGCAUAUUGUCGCUGGAAGAUGGUCGUAUUGACAGCGCUGGCAGAGGGUAUACUGCACUGAAACAGAUUAAGGGUAUUUCAAGCGAAGGGCCUCCAAGCUUACCGACUAGCAGCAAAUUAAGUAAAGCUAUCGAAUCCCAGAAACCAGAUACAGUUGCUCAAUUAUUAGAAGGAGGUGUUGACCCAACAGACGUAGUUACGGAGAAUUCACUUCGUUGUACGCCUAAAAAAAUUGCUAAUAUGAAGUACAGGGAAAUACGAGACAACGAACAGAGAAAUAGGUACAGAGAGCGUAUAACAGUAAUUCAAGCUUUAAUGGCGACAAACGAGUGGAGACGUGGUUUGAUCUGUUCAAACUCAAUCACCGCUAAGGUGGGUAGAGACUGUAAAGACUGUGCUCAGUUUCGAGCCAUAAAUCUCGACUUGACUACGUUGGGCAGUGCACAGUGCGAAAGUAACUCAAUCUGGAAAUGCGGGUCAAUAUUACUUGCUGUUAGUAAUGAUCUGAGCAUAGAAGGUCAAGUGAAAAGCCGUAAUUUAAGUGCAACCUGUGAUGGGAAUGUUUACAUUCAAAAGGAUGGCAUUGUCUGCCAGGAUACUCAUGCUAAGGUAAAAUGCAGCGAUUUAAUUAGUUAUGGCAUCUGGUAUGUUGGGGAAAGCAUUUAUAUCGAAGCAAAAUCUGCAACAUUUUCUGAGUCUUCAUAUCUUGAGGGUAACUACAUCUACAUGCAACUGGAGAAGGAUUGUCAGAACGGAGGUAUGUGGCAAACAAAUCGUUUGGAUUUACUGACAAGCGGCAAUUUGAAAACACCCCAUAAUGGCAAAGUGGUUUGUAAUGAAAAAGCGACAGUUUCUACAUUUGGAUUUUCUUGCAGUGGAGCUUGGAAAAUCACAGAAAGUUUCCAGAUCAAUAUCAAAGAGUCUGGAAAUUUUCAUCAAAAGAGCUUAAUAAAUGCAAAUAUUCUAAAAUUGAUCGACGAAGGCUGUUGUGUUGUUUCUGGCAAACUCAAUGUCCAACAGCUCCUGAUAUAUGUGCGAAAUGACCUGAUUACGACAGAAACGGGCCGUGUCACUGUUGGCGUCACCGGUACUGUUGCAGCUGGAGCGUUCAGAAACGAUGCGUCGUGGCUCUCAGAAUGCAACUUACGUGUUCAUUCAGCAUGUUUUCAACAAUCAGAAGACGCAAUAAUUUUUGCGAAAGACAAUCUUGAUCUCGCAAUAUAUGACAACUCAGUGGAAAAAAGUCACGGCCGAAUUGUUGCUAACAGUUGUGUACUUCGAGUAAAUCAGAAAGUACGUUUUGACGGUUACAUACGAGUCAACCAAAUGGAAGUUUACUUACCAUAUUCAAAUGAGUCCCAGUGCGUUAUCGGAGGGCAACUGGAAGUUAUAUACGGUCCUUUAAUACUUAAAGGCAGAAGCGAAUUUUCAUCAGCGCAACUUCUAUCUACCGGUCAUUUGCACCCAGCAUUUAUUCUAGAAGGACAACUUAAAGCUGAAGCAGUAGUUGCACCAUUCCUCGCUGUAAGGUUUGCCGCAACUUCCUAUGCGCUGUUAUCCGGGACGUCGUCUGUUGCGUUAGAAGAAACGCCAUAUAGAGCAAUUUUGUCGGCUGGAGCUAUCUAUACUAUGCGAGCAUCAUUUAUCGAUUCUGCGUCACCUGAUGACUUUCCAGAAGCAGUUUUAUGUGCUUCAAAUUGGAUUCAUGAAGGGCAAGUGAGAUUUAAAGGAAAUAAGGCCUAUAUUAUCACUGACAGGUUUAUUAAUCGAGGGAGACUGACUAAUGAGGGUCGCCUACAGAAUCAUAUGCACUCAGUUUUUGUGUCGGUUAGAACUCGAUUUGAAAACGAAUCAGUGUUUUCGGCGGACGAAAUUCAUAUAACUGGUGUUGGAGAACUAGAAAAUAGAAAUAGAAUUUUUGCCACAGACACGAUGUGCAUAAGACUUCCUAACUUUUCAAGUGAUGGAAAACAGGUAUAUUCUGGAGAUAUGAAGCUUUUAUCUGCGGAUAAGGAGAAGCCAAAGUUUAAUGGACACAUCGACACGAAAGCAAACUUGGAUAUUAUGGCUCCAAAAUUGGUCAUGGAAAUAAAAGAUUUUGCUUUUCGGCCACAGAUAAGAAUGAAUGCGCAAGCUCAACUGUAUGUUAACAGUGACACCGUGAAUGGCGAAGCUACAGUUUCUCUUUCUGCAAGGGAUGCAAUAAUUUUUGACAGGUGCAAGGUGAUUGCUGAGUCAGUCGAGAUAAAAGUUGGUGACGCUUAUGAAACGGAAGUAAAUGUGUGCGAAAAGAGCAGUUUACGAAGUAACUGUUUGAGGAUCUCUGGAAAAUGCAAAAUAUUAACUUUUGUUAUCGAUGGAAUCGUUGAAUGUGAUUCAAUCAUCUUUGAUUCGUACAUUAGAAAUGUUAAAAUAAUCGGGAAAGGACAGCUUAUAUCGAGAUGCUCGCUGAAUUUUGAUUCAAAAAAUGCUGUUUUAUCAGUUACACAACUGCAAGCCAGCGAAAUCCUUGGUACUUCAAUUGAGAUAUCGACAACACAUUUUGCUAAAAUUCUUCCAGUAAAAAAUACGACAGCGACAACAAUAUAUGCCGAUGCUUGCACUGUGAAAGGGAAGAUUUUUGCAGAAGGAAAAUUAAGUUUCAAAUCAAGUAAUGGCACAGUUCAGUUUGAUGGGAAUUUGAUAGGUACAACGGCGAUGAGUGAAGUAAGCAUCGAAGGAAGCGAUGUUGUGCUAAUUGGAAGUAUAUCAAAUCUAGAAUUCCUGGAAAUCUAUGCGCGUAAACGCGUGGAAUACUGUAGUACGGCAUCGAUAACAAAUACAAAAAAUAUUGCUGUUGAAGCCGGAUUAGUAGCUUUUGAUGGAGUAAUGUCUAAGUUUGAUACGCUUAUUGUAACAGCCGAAGAAAUAAUUGUCGAAGGAAAUUUGAGUGAUGCAAAGUCAGGUAAUGCUUCGAUGUAUGGAAAGAAUAUCCGAUAUGAAGGAACUGUUGAUGGUGUUCUACAGUUGGAAUUUAGCUGUCAAGCUGAUGCAUAUAUAGCGGGAAGAAUUUGGGGCGUUGACUGUUUUAAUGUGGAAGCGAAAUGGAUCAUGUGCAACUCGAAUAUUGAGGAAUGUAAACUGCUUAAGUUUGCUGCUUAUUCGACAGUACUAGAUGGAAAAAUAAGUUGUGAAUCUGUAACAGUUAAUGCUCUUGAAGUAAUAUUUAUCUACAUCUGCACUGAAUCUAUAUUAUGCUCGAUGAAUAGUCCAUUUGUGAUUGCGUUAAACGAUGGAAAACCAAUUUCUAAUAACGUUGACGUUGCCGCACUGAUAUGUGUUGCCGAUAAUCAGUCAACCAUCAAAAAUGUUAAAAGAGUUUUAACUGCGGUUUUAUUCACCUCGGGCGAAGAAUAUACGACUGGAAUUAAAGAAAGUUGGCAAACAGCGAUAAACAUGUUUCAGCAAUCUUUUCGAUCUCGUAGCAUCAGUCAUGAUUUUGUGGCUGCUGCUUUGGACUAUACGGACCAACUGCAAUCUUCUGCCUACCUGUUCUCUUAUUCGUCAGAUUUUUAUAAACGAGCAAAAGCGUUAGCAGACAGAUUUCGUGUAGAACAUGCAAGUAACUUCGGCUAUCCUGAAUUACUCAAGAUAAUGGAAGAGCAAACGGAUGAAAUGCACAAGUCUCAGAAUUUCGAAGAUUCUUUGCCAAAGUCUAGCUUUGAAGCCGUUCAGCUUAGGGAAACAAUGAACGAUGUUAAGGUACGCUUAUCGAAAUACACUUCACAGUCUCCACAGUCCUCAGUCGACGAUUAUGGGUAUGGUAGUCGAAGUUCUAGCGAAGAUAACGAUGAAAAAUUAUCGUUGAGAGCAAGCCCAACAAUUUCGGUGACAAGGUAUGAAGAACAGAGUGGUAUCUCAACAACCAGCGCGGCCUAUGAGCAAUCAGAUACUGAUUUCGACAGCUAUAACCGAUACCUAUCCGUACCUUGUAGCAUCUCCGCAUCAAACGAUGGAAGCUGUAACAGUGCGGACAGGGAUGACGAUGAAUCGGGGAAGGAGAACGAAAUGGCUUAUGUUUUUAAUGGUGAACGAAAAGUGCCAAUUGUUUGUAUAGAUUUUGAUUCUCACGAUAUUGCUGUUACGAGGCCGCGGUUUGAAGUAUCUCGUCAACCUACCCCUACCAAUGAUCUCGCUUUGAAAAAACUUCAGGUAAAAACAGCUUUGUCAAGUUUCGACUUGCGCAGUUUUGGCAGCGAAUCAUCGCUUGCGUCGUUUGGUACGGUGGACUAUGCAACUCCGAUACAGGUCGUACGGCCACCUCAGCAGAAGUCGCUAAUUCCACGACCAUCGUUUCCAAGAGCGUCACCUGAUGUUAGCUAA